AUGACAACCUUUCUUCGGCGGUCCGGCGGUGUUGCACGACUAUCACGGCAUAGCAUCGAAUCCGCCUCCCGCACAUCCACCUUCUCGCGCUGUCCGUCUGGCCUGUCUAGAUACACCUGUGCAAACCAGCGGAUACGAGGGUAUGCGACCGUCAAGCCCGAAGAUCCCAAAAAUCCCAAGGGGCAAAAUAAUGGCAAAGAAGGUGCGGCAGACAAGGACGUAGCAGAGGGUCAGGACAAGCAGGCGGGGAACUCGGCACAAGGCUUUGAUCAGUUCUACAGUGGCAAGAGCCCUAUAUCGCCCUCGCCUUCGGACGCGAAGCCUGAUGGGUCCCGCCUAGGCUAUACCAAGCUAUCGCCGGAGGAGGAGAAGGCAUUAGAUGACCUGCUCGGCAAUUUGAAGACUGGCAUGCCUGCGGCGCAAGCCAAGGAGGUUGAGAAGGCUUUCCAUCAGAUCAAGGAGGAAGGCAUACCCACAGAGCUUCGCGAGGUCAUGAAGAGCAUGGAGAGUGGCACACCGAUGGACCUUGCAACAGCCGCAAAGCUUGUCAGGAUGGUCACUGGGAUGGCUCGCAAGGCAACAGAAAAGGGCGGACCUAUGGAUCAAGAUUCCACUAUGCGGCUCCUACGGGAAGCGAAGGAGAGACUGGAAGGGAGCCAACCAAAACUGAAGGAUGAGGUACCGAAGCAAAAGGCUGGGGCACACGAUCCGGGCCCAGGAGAAAGUAAGAGCAAGAGCCAGGGCAGAGGCAAAGAGGGUGGCAAUGGUCCGUUCAGAGAGUUCAAGGUCGACACGGGCACAUUCCUCACAUCGGCUUUCGUUGCCUACUUGCUCUUCCGAAUGGCUGUACCGGGUGAGAACUCCAGAGAGAUAACGUGGCAAGAGUUCCGGACAACGUUCUUGGACAAGGGUCUCGUGGAGAAGAUUGUGGUGCUUAACCACAAUCGCGCGAGAGUCUAUCUACACAGAGACGCUGUCGCCGCAACGUACCCUGAUUCACCCGCUGCACACGCCAACUUCCACUACUACUUUACCAUCGGCUCUGUGGAGGCAUUCGAGCGAAAGAUGGACGAGGCGCAGUCUGAGAUGCGGAUACCCGGUACAGAGCGGAUACCCGUAGCCUACUCGGAUGAGAUAUCAUGGUUUGGCACGUUCCUGUCCUUCGGCCCUACCCUCCUCUUCAUCGGCGCCAUCUUCUGGCUCUCAAAGCGCGCCGCAUCCGGCGCAGGCGGUCAGAGUGGCAUAUUCGGCAUGGGCAAGAGCAGAGCCAAGAAGUUCAACCACGAGACAGAUAUCAAGGUCAAGUUUUCGGAUGUUGCCGGCAUGGACGAGGCGAAGCAGGAGAUCAUGGAGUUCGUCAGUUUCUUGAAGGAGCCAGGCGUCUAUCAAAAGCUUGGCGCAAAGAUACCACGUGGUGCAAUUUUAUCCGGCCCACCUGGUACUGGUAAAACACUGCUCGCGAAGGCGACAGCUGGCGAGUCACAAGUGCCCUUCUUCAGCGUCAGCGGUUCCGAGUUUGUUGAGAUGUUCGUCGGUGUUGGUCCGUCUCGAGUACGAGAUCUUUUCGCGAACGCACGCAAGAAUACCCCCUGCAUCAUCUUCAUUGACGAAAUCGACGCCAUUGGCAAAUCGCGAGCAAAGCAGAACUUUGGCGGUGGUAACGACGAGCGAGAAAGCACACUAAACCAGAUUCUGACGGAGAUGGACGGCUUCAACACCUCUGAGCAGGUUGUCGUUCUUGCGGGCACUAACCGACCGGAUGUCCUUGACAAGGCGCUCAUGCGCCCAGGACGCUUCGACAGACACAUUACGAUUGACAAGCCCACGAUGGAUGGCCGCAAGCAGAUCUUCGGCGUCCACCUCAAGAAAAUUGUUACAAACGAAGAUAUCGAGCAUCUCCAAGGCCGGCUCGCGGCGCUAACCCCCGGCUUCUCUGGUGCUGAUAUUGCCAAUUGUGUCAAUGAGGCAGCCCUCAUUGCGGCCCGGGGCAAAGCCGACACGGUAGCGAUGACCCACUUUGAGCAAGCGAUCGAGCGUGUAAUCGGUGGUCUCGAGAAGAAAUCACUCGUCCUCUCCCCAGAAGAAAAGAGGACUGUAGCCUACCAUGAAGCUGGCCACGCCAUUUGCGGCUGGUACUUCAAGUAUGCGGACCCGCUGCUCAAAGUCUCCAUUAUACCACGUGGCCAGGGAGCUUUGGGCUACGCACAAUACCUGCCGUCAGGCGACACCUACCUAAUGAACGUACACCAGCUCAUGGACCGCAUGGCCAUGACACUCGGCGGCCGAGUGAGCGAGGAGCUGCACUUCGACACUGUGACGAGUGGAGCUAGCGACGACUUCAACAAGGUCACCCGUAUGGCGACGGCUAUGGUCACCAAGUUCGGCAUGAGUCGCAAGAUUGGCUUUGUUUACUUCGAGGACGAUAAUCAGCAGCAGCUACACAAGCCUUUCAGCGAGGAGACGGCCAGGAACAUCGAUAUCGAGGUCCGCCGCAUCGUGGACGAGGCGUACAAGCAGUGCAAAGACCUGUUGACGGAGAAGAAGGACCAAGUUGGGAUCAUUGCGGAGGAGCUGCUGAAGAAGGAGGUGCUAAGUCGAGACGACAUGAUCAGGCUACUGGGCCCCAGACCUUUCGAGGAUAAGGGCGAAUUCUACAAGUACUUCGGAUCCAAGGGCGAUCGAGAGGGGAGUCCGCAGGGCAUGCCGGGACCGAGUGCCCCGUCGCAGCAAGACAUACCGGGCCCUCCAAGUGGGCCGUUGCCGACGCCUAACAUAUUCAAGAAGCUAGAUUGA